GAGCGCACAUUCGAGAGAAACCUGGCGCCCUGGUGGCGGUCUUUGGGGCGGCCAUAUUUUCUCUCGUGAAUUUCAGUCACGAAGGUGGUGGUUCGUUAAUAAUUUUUGGGAUGCGCCGUUUGAAGACGUUCUCGCGUGUUUUAUACUCUUAAAUAAGUGAACAGUGCCAAUCAUGGCUAAGAGGAGUAAUAAUUUGACUGGAAGACGAUCAUCGUCGCAUAAUACGAAACCCUACGACGCAAACAAUUCUUUUGUAAAAAAGGUGGCAACAAAGGUAACUGAUCUUAUACCGCAAAAAUCAUGGAUCAGUAAAUGGUUUAACUCGUCUCAAAGCGAUGGAGAUGUAUUAAAUAAUUCUGAGAACCCUGAAGAGGUUGAGUCAGAAGAAGAUAUCCAGAAGCCUCCACCUUUGAAGCGACCGUGUAUUCGCAUGGAUGUUACUCAUCCACCUGGUACCUUUUCCAUUCAACCAAGGACUAAGUCUACGGUUAAUAAAGCCAGCCCAUCUAAAUGUUCGAUAAACGAUGAAAUGUCCGAAGACUUCUGUAAACCUGCAAUGGCUGGACCAAGCGGGAUGAGUCAUCUGGUAUCUUCUACACCUGCAACACAUACGGAUAUUAGAAGUAUAGCUCCGCAGAGGUCUCAGUUGAAUUCGCUAGUUACUACUACAAAUAAUGGGAUUACAAGCGGUAUGGAUGACAAUUCUGAAUCCAGUGAGAGUACCAGCGGUUGUAGCUCUCUUAUUCCACAAACAAAUAGACAAGAGGCUCCAUCAAAUGUCUCUUACAACUCCCCGUUUAACACUAGAAAAAGAUUUCACGAUGAGAAAUUAAGUUUCACUAAUCGUAUGCAGUCUCCAAGGUCAUUAUUUUUAGAUAACAGUUCUCGAGAUUCUUUAAGUAGUCGUAGACCAAGUUUUAAUGCAUCAAUCGUGACAAAUUCGUCGGACCAUUCGUCUCCCCUGUCGUCUCCUUUUUACAGUGGAAAUACCACUUUCGGUGGGGCAAAUGCAGCCGGUCUUUAUAAACGAGGCCGCUCUUUGUUUAAUAAUUCAAGUGAAAUUCAACUUAAAGUUCCUAAAAGAACAAGCGUUGAAGUGAAACCAUCUAACGCAACAGGGGUUGAUUCGUCUGGUAUGAGUCAAACUGCUAAAAAAAUAUUGGAAACACUAGAACACUUUUCGUCGCCGAUAACUGACGCUAAAAAGAUUCCAUUGAAAAUGAAUAAUACCUCGUUAAUAAAUAAAAAGAGGACAAGAGAAGAGACUAGUACACCAUCAUCAACUAGAGUUGGAUUACGUCAUCUAACCCGUGAAUUAACUGUACCAACUGUGCCAGAUAUAUUAAAAUUAAGGCAGCGUAAAAAAUUACAAGAUACUACAGCUGCAGCUAGAAAAAUUAUUUCCGCUCGAAGCGAACCACCGCCCAUGCAAGAAUAUCAUCUCAGAACUACAGCUGAUAAUGAAUCGAAGCAUCAUGGUAAACUGAAGGGUAAAGCAUCAAAUCUUGAUCAGGAAGAAACAGUUCAGCCAGUCAAUUUACCAAACAUACCUUUGCCAAUAUCUUCUUUACCAAGUUUCAACUUUAUACCGCCUACUAAUACAAAGAUAAUUCAUAAAACGAUUACAAGUAAAGAAGAAACUUUCACAUUUGCAAGUCCUAUAAAAAUAACAAACGUCACAAAAAAUUUGAAAUCUAUCAAUAACUUUACAUUUAGCAGCCCUAUCAGUGCUGAUAAACAAUCAGUUGAUAAAUCCAACGAUUCGACUAUGAUAAAAGGUGAUGUUAAAUCUAGUACAGUUCUUGGUGAGUUGGCAUCUAGUGUAACACAGAAUUUUAUAUGGUCCGGUUCGUCUACAGCUCCUAGACCAAAAGAGAAAGUGAAAAAUAGCGGCGGCGCUGUUCCUAUUGUUUCGAAUGAAUUAAAAUCUGGAAGCGUUAUGGGUAUCUUCGGUUCUAAGCCUAAUAAAUCUGAAUCUGAGAAAUCAAAUGAAACAAAGACAUCGUUAGAUUCAAAGAAAAAUUCAAUCGCUAAUGAAACAAAUGUUGCAAGUAAAGAUGAUGCAAAAAUUACAAAUUCAAACUCUGAUGCACAACAAGAAACUUCAACUUUGUGGGAAUGUUCCGAGUGUUUAUUUAAAAAUAACAGUACAGAAGUACACUGUUUUGCUUGUAAGGCUAAUAAAUUGAAUGUUAAAAAGAAGAAAACCGUUGAAUCAACAACAUCAAGUAUCAGUGAGACAAAAACUACAACGAACGAUCAUUUUGGAGCUGAGUUUAAACUUUCAAAUAAUCAGUGGGAAUGUACGUCGUGUUUUGUACGAAACAAAGAAAUUGAUACUAAAUGCGUUGCAUGUGGUACAACUAAACCAGGAACAAAACAGGAAGCUAAUGCAACAAAAUUAGUAAAAUCUGACCAUAAUGAUGUAAAGUCCUUGGAAAAAUCUUGGGAAUGUUCCAAAUGUAAAUUUAAAAAUUCUGAAAAUUUAAUUAAAUGUUCCUCUUGCAAUGUACAAAAAGAUGCAAAUAUUACUAAUAAUACGGGUACAGUUGCAAACAAAAAUGCUGGUACGGAAUUGUUUGGUAAUUCAAGUCUGACCAAAAAUGAUACUACGAGCAGCUUUAAGCCAAACAAAGAUACCUGGGAAUGUCCUUGUUGCAUGGUUAGAAAUGCUACGUCUGUUGAUUCUUGUCCGUGUUGCAAUACAAGUAAGCCUUGCACUGGAAUUCCAGCCAAAACUGUUCCACUAUUACUUGUAAACGGAUUUGGAGAUAAAUUUAAAAAGCCUGAAGGUGCAUGGAACUGUGAUACUUGUAUGUUACAGAACGAGGCAAAAGUUACAGAAUGCGUAGCUUGUGGUGGAUCGAAACCGGGUAUAAAGAAAUUUGAUAAUUCACAACCGAAUACUACUUGCAGUUUACUGUUUAAUUUUAGUAUGCCUUCAAAUGCUGGUGGUUUUAAAUUUGGUAUAGAUAAAGCUGAUCAAGAAAAGACUGACCAUGUUGCGCCUACUAAUGGUUUUAAAUUUGGUGGUAACCAACAGAAUAAUCAAGUUGGUCAAUUUACAUUUGGCAUUCAAAAGGAAGAGAAGAAAGUUACUAAUGAAACAUUGAAAAUUGAAAACAGUGCCUCGUCGACUUCGGGAAGCGGAUUUGGAUUUCAAAUUAAUACAAGUAAUAAUGACAAGACUGAUGCAAAACAGAAUUCAGAACAAUCUGAAAAAAGGCCAGCACCAUCGUUUUCGUUUGAUGUUGGAAAAAGUGAAAGUGGAUCAACAGCGAGUGAUAAACAAUCAUUGAAUGUUACAACUUCUACAACACUUCCAUCGACGUUUACAUUUGGUGUAGCUAAACCUAAAAUUAAAAAAGAAUCAGAUUCAAAAGAAGAGAAACAGAGUGCUUUAGGUGAAAAUACCGUCGUAACAGAGGUUUCGAAAUCAAACAUAGAAACUACACAAUCCCCUGUUGUUAUUAGCACCACCGCAUUACCUUCGAUAAGUCAAACUAGUGCAAAAGAAGUUAAACCAACCAAUUCCUUUUCAUUUGGAGUACCAAGUAGCACUGUUACAGUUAAUAGCAGUUCCUCUACAAAUGUAGUAUCAAGUCUUCCAUCUUCUACUCAAUCAUCUUUUACGUUUCUCGAAACAAAACCAACUGUGCAAACAACAUCGGCACCAACCUUUGGUCAAAUAUCAACACCAGCUUCUACUUUACCUAGUACAUUUACAUUUGGAGAAAAUAAAACAACAGAGAGUUCGUCGGUAGCCAAAACUUUUAAUGCAUUGACACCUGUUACUUCUGGAAAUUCAUUGUUCUCAAGUAUUUCCAGUGCUCCAUCAUUGUUUAGCACUAACAGUACAAAGAACGUAUCAACGUUUGGUACAGAAGAAAAUAAGCAAUCUGCAUUUGGUAUGGGUACAAAUAAACUAUCUACCUUUGCUGUACCAGAAAAUAAAGUACCAACGUUUGGUAGUACUGAAAAUAAACCUUCAAUUUUUGGAUCAACCGAUUCAAAAAUGCCUGUGUUUGGAAGUACAGAUAAAACGGCUUCUCCGUUUAAUCCAACACCUCAAGCGUCAACUGGAACCCCUUUUGGUGUGCAAUCAGGAACACCAAAUCUUUUUGGAUCAUCUGUUACUCCUGUUUUCAGUAACCAAACACCUUCAACGUUUACUACCGAAUCUACACCCAAUAUAUUUGGAUCUUCCUCGAAGCCGGGUCAAAGUAAUUCGUCAACUUCAAAUUUAUUUACAUUUGGUGGUACUGCUAAUCAACCAGCAGCCCAACAAGGAACUGGAUUCAAUUUCUCUACAAAUACUAAUCCUGCUGAAUCGACUCAGAAACCGUUAUUUACAUUUGGUAGUACUGCAACUGUCCCACAAAGUGGCGGUAAUUUAUUUGGAAAUACAUUCAAUAAUGCUGCAUCAACAAGUAGUUCGGGAUUUACAUUCAAUGCACCUAAACCGGAAACGCCAGCAUUUGGCCAACCAACCACUGCAACUCCAAUUUUUGGCACACCACAGGCUGGUGUUCAAAAUCAACCAUCGUCAUCAUUUGCAUCUACCGCUGCAAACACUGGAUUCAAUUUUGGAUCUACAACAGCCCCUGCUUCUUCAGGAGGUUUCAACUUCGGUGGAAUGGCACCUGCUUCUGCACCAUCUACAGGAUUUAAUUUUAAUCCUCCUAAUAACACACCAACGUUUGAUCCCAAUACCCCACCAUCAUAUAACUUUACUGGCGGAAAUGCGCCUGCAACAUUCAGUGGUACACCUACUUUGACGCAACGGAAAAUCAAGAAGGCUUUUAGAAGAAUACGGUAGAGGAAAAAGUAACGUAUCAUCCUAGUUGCACAUGUACCCGGAUGUACUUUUAUUUUUGUUUUAUGAAGCCGUGUAUGUGAAUAUAUCUUUUAUGCUAAAAGUUACAGUAUGAUAAACAGUGAAAAUAUCAUAUACCGAUCGAUCACAUUAACGUGGUGGUAUACCAAGCAUUUUAUGUAAUAUACUAAUUUGCCAAUGGGGUAUGCUUGCGUACAACCACUUGUGUUCUACAGGAUCUGUAAAUUAUAAAUUAUUUAAAUUAUAUAAUAAUAACGAAUGACACAUUAAUAUUGGCAUGAAGCCACUUUUGCAAAUAAGACAGAUCAUAAUGCCAUUUGCAUUACUAAUACCUUAUGCCCAAACAAGACAUUAUAUACGUUUACUGAUAUGACAAGUUAAUUUCAUGAAAUGAGAGUACCUCGAUGAAAAAGAAGCACUUAAUGAAGCACUAUAGAAGUGCAAAUUAUUGAGGAUGACAAGUGGGAAUAUAUCCCUCAGGUAAGUAUAAGUCAUUCACAACUCGUGACAAUGUUUUUGUAAUUGAAGAAAAGAUGUACUAUCAAGAUACAAGGAUUAAAAGUUAUUAUUUUUUUGUAAAGAACAAGAUGACACAGGAAAUUGAAAUAAUAUUACAUUGUGGACCGUAUAUAAAUUCUGUUAUUGUUACCUGGCUAGUUAUUUUUAAUAAGUUUAGAAUACACGAUUUUACAGAGCGAGGUACAGAAAUUUGAUGGAGCUUAAUGAGAAGUGAAUGACGAUAUAAUUGAUAAAAUUGUUUUAUUCAUUUUUUCUAUAAACUUCGCCACGAGUAUUGUGAAUUGACUGAAUAUCAGUGAAAUCCCACUGCGUAUAGACAUUAAUUAUAUUUUAAUUAGCAUUUUAUGGACCGUUCUACAAUCUUUGUAGUACUAGUCCAAAGAAAAUGUAUCAUAAAAAAAAAAAAAAUGGCAUU